GCGGAGGUGGAAAUAGGUUUGUGUAACUGUUAGGAAGGUUCGGGAAGUUUGUUUUAAAUUUAAUUUUUUAAGUUAAAGACAACACAUUAUGUCAUAUCAGAGGACUUUGCACCUAUUUGCUGUAUUCAGGAAUCAGAGUCUUUCUUAUACCUAAUUAUAUCAGCGAUAGGUAAAAAGAGAUUUGACAGCGAUCAAGUAGAGGUGCGAAUCACUUCCUCGAUUAGUCGAGUUCCACACGACGGAUAAGCACAGCCAAAACAACAAAAGCAGACUGACAGAGAAGCAAGACUAAACUGUUAGCACUGCCGGCGGUGUUGACAUCUUGAACACGGCGUAUAAGUGACAGUUGUGGCUUGAACAGUGUGAGUUAGAACUGAAUUUGCAGUUUUGACGUUUUUCCAAGAUGAUUUUUUUCUGACAAGACAAACCUCGGUGUUCUUGGCAAACAAGCACUUCCGAUAAAAGCAUUAGGACAAUACUGCUGUAUAUAUGGAGACGAUGUUGCAAUGACGCAACUGUCGGAAGGGAAGUGAAAUAAAAGAAAACCAAAGAUCCUGUUCAUGUAUAUACAGAUGAAGGUUGUCCUGCCCAGUAGGUAGUCAAGAGGAUGCAUUCCAUGUGAUGACAGCAUGGUUCAAGUGAAAUAUUACACCCUAAUCUUGGUUGUGGUGGUUACCCUUCAAGGAUGCCAGACCAGGAAUAUCAGGGACAUAGCUAACCAGCCGAAAUGCGAAUUUGUGAGACCUCCACGCACAGAACAUGCUGGCACCAUUCUAAGCCCGGACUACCCUCUGUCCUACCCCAAUGGGAUCUGCAAGAGCUGGCAAAUACGUGGGGAGCGUAAACAAGUUAUAACUAUACACUUCCAGACUCUACAGAUAGCUGUGAGCGACGGGGGCGAUUGUGAGGAGGACUUCCUGGAGAUUGGCCCUCAGCCGGAGGUCAAGAUCUGUGGGAACCAUUCCAGCCCUUAUAUCUCACAGCUCGGCCAUGUCUGGAUUAGAUUUCGGUCUGAUUACCGACGGUCGGCCCGAGGCUUUGAACUGCUUUAUGUCAUGGGACCACUACAUGUAGGAACAUGCCAAGAGGGAGAGUUUAGAUGUAAUAAUGGUCAGUGUAUUCUUCAAGACUGGCAGUGUGAUGGCCAGUUUCAUUGUCUUGACCAUUCUGAUGAACAGAACUGCCAGCAUGUUAACCACCGUUCAACAACAACUAGCAUAUCCAACCAGUGUGAGAGUACACAGAUCAACUGUAUCUCCACACAGACGAAUGAGCUGGUCUGCGUUAACAAGGAGAAGAUGUGUAAUGGAUUUGCAGACUGUUUGUACGGAGAAGACGAAAAUUCACCCAUUUGCUUUGGUCGGUGUCACCACACUUUGGAGGAACGCAGCGGAUCAUUCCACUCUCCAAAGUAUCCAAGCUUUUACCCCAAUAACGUAGACUGUACCUGGACCAUUCAUAUACCAGAUGGAACAAUCCAGCUUCAUAUUGUGGACUUCAAACUGGAAGAUGGAAUAGGGACCGAUUUUCUGGAGAUCUACGACGGAAAAAACGAGGACAACAGUAAUAUUUUGGGACGGUAUUACGGCAAGCACAGACCACCGCAUGUUAUCAAUGCCAAAAGCAAUUGGAUGAUUCUGCGUUUUCACUCAAACCACCAGUUCAGGGAAAAAGGGUUCAAUAUAACUUACCAGAAGAAGGGGGAGUGCCUUGCUGACCAGAUUUCCUGUGGGCUAUCAGAAGAUGACUGCUACCACCACUCACAGCGUUGUGACGGCAAAUGGGACUGUAAAUGGAGGGGCGGAGACGAAAGAGGCUGUGGUACAUGCCACCUGUCUAGCAGUCCAUACCCUUGUGGAGGGGACACUGCCCAUUGUUACAAAGAGGAGGAGAGGUGUACCGGUCAAAGCCAAUGCAUCAACAAUGCUGAUCAGAUAGGCUGCCUUCCUGAGCAGUGUGGUGCACAUAAUGGCACAUUUCUGUGCAAGAAUUCUCGUUGUAUCUAUGACAACUGGCGGUGUGACCAGACAGAUGAUUGUGGAGAUAGUAGCGAUGAAGAUAACUGCUCGACAGUAUCCAGACGAGUCAUCAUCGCAGCAGUGAUGGGAUCCCUAAUCUGUGCCUUACUCCUUGUUGUGGCUUUGGGCUGCACCUGCAAACUCUAUGCUCUCAGGCUGCAUGAACACUAUGGCUCACACCAUGAGACCCCCAUGUCUCGCGUCCAGGCCGAGUUUAACAGACGACCUGCCCCACCUACUUACAGUGAGGCAAUGGCAACGUCGCAGCCCUACAACAACUCUGACCAAGUGUCCCGGUCGACUCAGCAGAUGAGGCGGUCCAGGGGUAGACGAGGAUCUCGCUCGGGUAGGCCCCCGAGACCCCCACCUCCACGGGGUCCAUCCAGACAGAACAGUCAGUCUGUCGUCAGCUCUGUGGAUGCGACCUCUGACAGGGGAGCUAACUCCUCCAGAGAGACAGGUGCUGCUGGCCAAUCCCACAAUGCGUCAGCCCGUGAUUCUCAGCCUACUGCAGACAGGAGCUCAAGGAAUAAUAGAGCUGCCGGCCAUGGCCCGUCCCAGUCUGUCAACAGUACCAAUGCUGCGGCAGACCUCGGUAGAAACAAUUCUACAACUUGCCUCAUUCCUCCAUCCACCACCAGUGACUCUGAGUGUGACAGCGAUCCCGAUUCCACGGAGAUCAGCAUGUCUCAUGCCUCGGGCGUGACUGUGCAGUUCCGAAGAGGGUAUGACAGCCGUGUUAAGUCUGCGAAUGGAGACAGCGUCUUUCAAAAUGCUCCCAGUACUGGUCCUUUGCACAGUGCGACACAGACAGAUUCUGUCAGCGCAGACACUGUCAGCGCCUCCUGUGAUACAGACAGCGCCUUGUUGUCGCUUGACGAGCCCACAGAGAAAGAGGAGAAUGUGACAGACGUGCCAUCCCAACCUCUCACCAAUCGUGUUGGCUGUAACAUCACACUGACGUCAGAGGAAACCAGAAGAAACAACAACAACAACAGUUUGAACAAUUCUGAGGAGUCUUUGAAUUCAGCGGGUUCUGAUGUGAGGCUGAUUCUAUAACAGAGUGAUAGGAAGAGUGGUUAUUGUUCAACUUUUCCUGCUUGAAGUAAUUCAGGCCU